UAGCUCCCUCUUUAACGUCUUCGUGUCAACGAUUGGCAUUGUAAAUUGUAAACGAUGUUGAUAUUACUACAUGUCUGUGAUACAUCUUUCAAGUGCAUCACUCGAAUGCCAAAGCGAACUGUGUCAAGAAAUAUUGCAAAUUUUCUUUACGACAGAAUACCUCUAUGAGAUAUUUUGUCCAUCGUAUUCUAUAAAAUGAGUUCACAAAAUAGCAGAAGGGUUAGGUCACAACAGAUUUUAUCGCAACCGGUUCUCAAAAAACAACGUACGGACGAUACUGGUGGUAUUUUCCUUUCUCAGCCUACUGCAAGUACAAGUGCAAACAUACCUCUAUCAAAUACCUCUCCUAGUCGCGUGAUUUCCGAAGAUGACGAUCAACUUGUUAAUAGCGUAAUACGAUAUCUUCUUAUAUUGGACGGAGGAAAACAAAUUGUCAAUAAAACUCGUAUAAUAAAAAAUGUUUUUGGAAAUCGAGGAAGACGUUUUCCUUCAGUAAUGAACAAAGCAAAAAGUUUGUUAUCAAAGGUGUUUGGUUAUGAACUGGUAGAACUCGAAGGUAACAAAUAUAUGCUAGUAAAUAAAAUAAAGAAUGAAUUACCACAUAUUUAUCCUCUUGGAACCGAAGGUAGCCAACAAGUAUUGUUAUUCAUAGUGCUUACUCACAUCUUCAUGCUUCAAAACUCCUGCAGCGAAGAGUCUUUGUCGAAUUUUCUUGCGAAUUUAGAUAUUCCUUAUGAAGAUAACAAUCAACAUGUUUACUUUGGUAAUGUCAAGUACUUGAUAAACGAGGUUUUUGUUGCUCAAAAAUACCUUGACAAAAUAACUAUGGAAACAAUAAAUUUAACUAAAAUAGAGUUUAAAUGGGGUCCUCGUGCAGAGCAUGAAUUUUCUCAACGUGCUGCUUUGGAAUUCAUGUCUGAGGUAUACAAUGGACGUCCAAUAAAAAGCUGGCAAUUGCAAUUUCAAGCUUUAACUGCUCAAGAAAAAUUAGAUAGAUAAAUUUCACGGAUGUGUCAUUGCAAAUGUGAUAAAGAGGAACAGAUUGCCAUAUUUUAAACAAUAAUCUAUUUAUAAAAUGUACUUUUUUCAAAUAUAGAGAUUACCUACAAAUGAA